CACUAAACGAGUUUCAAUAGAGGGCCCUCUAUAGGAUUUCUUUUUUCCCUCUCCUUAGUGGAGCUCAAUUGUCAAGCAAAAACCAAAGAAACCAUCACCUCCAAUUUCCACCAACUCUACCAGAAAGGAGGCAAGAAUUAGUACUAGUACAAGAAAGUGAUCAAACUAAAGGUGUGAAUCAAAGAAAAACACAACCCAUCGUCACAAAAAAUAUCAUCUCCAUCAUCAUUUCUCCUUUUUCUCUUCACCAAUCUCACCCACCCACCAUUUCAUCUCAUAGACUUACAGACAAUAAGAGAACAAAAACCCAGAGUUCUUUGGAAAAAGGAAAAAAAAAAAAAAUCCUAUUCCUUCUACUUCUUGAUGGAUUCAUCCCGAUUCUGCUACGAGAGAAAUGAGGAAUCGAUCAGAGAAUCAGAGGUCGGAGCCUUUCCGGGACUGCUGGACAUAUACGUGCACCAUGCACGUAACAUACACAACAUCUGCAUCUAUGCAAAACAAGAUGUGUAUGCAAAAUUCUCCCUCACUUGCACCCCUGAUGAUGCCAUAUCCACACGUAUCGUUGCCGGAGGAGGCAAGAACCCUCAGUUCGAUGAGAGACUCACAAUCAAGGUUCCCCAUGCCGAUACUGUCCUCAAAUGUGAGAUAUGGAUGUUGAGCAGAGUUAGGAAUUACUUGGAAGAUCAGCUCCUUGGGUUUGCUUUGGUUCCUCUUUCUUCUGUGAUAAGCUCGGGCAAAGGGAAAUUGAGCCAGGAUUUCACUCUUUCGUCGACUGACCUCUUCCAUUCCCCAGCUGGAACGGUUCAGCUUACACUCACCCUGCACGCUUCUUCAGACAAGCACAGUUUCGCUGCAGACUCCUCAACACCCAAUUCAUCUAUAACCUCAGAGGUGGUAAUAUUAGACCCCGCAGAGAUCGGAAGGAUCGAGUUUCCUGAUAUCGGUAUUGCCAAGGAGAAUCAGAAGAUGGUCUCAGAGUACUUUGAUAUGACAGCAACUCCUGCGCCUUUCCUGCAAUUAGGAGCUUCAUCACAACCCAUGGAGGAUUAUGAGAUGACAGUGAAUUCAAGCGACGAUAACAGCAGAGAAUCAAACUCACCAGAUGGGAGUAUACAGAAUUCUGGGCCUUUCACUUCCUCUACCACUACUAGCUUGAGCGAUGACAGGAACUCUGCAGACUCUGCUGAGAAAAAUAACAGGCAGGACAUUUCUAAUAAGUCUGAUACCCCCACUUCAAAAUGUGGAAAUGAGAAGGAAAAUAAAAUCUCGAAUGAUAAAGAGGAAGAGGGUUCGGUUUUCGAGUCUCCAAUGGGCAAUAUUAACUUUGAGGCGGAGCAAAAUGCGAUGCAGCAACAGAUUGUGGACAUGUACAUGAGAAGUAUGCAGCAAUUUACAGAGUCAUUGGCGAAGAUGAAGCUUCCAAUGAAUCUUGAUGUUCCAAAAGCUGAGGACGGUGGAGAUGUUAUUCAGAGCCAGAAGGAUAGUGAGAAGCUGCAACAGCAGAAGAAGAAAAAAGAUGGAGCCAGGGUUUUCUAUGGCAGCAGAGCUUUCUUCUGAUAGAUUUUUAAAAUGGUGAAGGUUUGUAGUUUUCAAGAACUUGGGUUUAUCUUAAUUUAUGUGUUUAGUGUGUGUAUUGUAAGAAUCAAUGAGUCUGUUAGGUUUAUCUAAUUUAUGUCAACUGAACAUUGAAUAUGUUUCCAUGUAGACAAUGAGGGUGAAUGUUUGUGUUUAUAGUGAUCCAAGAUCAGCAAUCCAUGUUGUCCUAUAACUUCUCUACUGCUAAAGAGUGGUAUUUUCUUUUGGUGA